AUGACCAAGAAUAUCAAUCUUGACCACAAGCCCUGUUGUUUUCCUAUGGUUGUCCACAGAAGUUUACAAGUUCGCUAUCGGCUUAACAAGGAAGAAAGUCAUGUGUUCACCAUCAACACAGAGAACUUGGCCAACAGAAAAGUGCAUCAGGUGAAGAUUAGCCGAGAGGGGCACGAGCUUUCUGUUCAGAGAAAAAGUAAGAUGAGGACAAAAAUUAAUGGUGCUGAAGAGAUGGCUCAAUGGUUAAGAGCACUUGCCUCUCUUCCAGGGGCAGUUAGUUUUGUUCCCAGCACUCACAAAGAGACACUUGGCUUGGAUCCGGAAGUUGCCAGAGCAAACACCUUGGGUUUUGUUGGAUGCCUUUCUUCAGUCCGAUACAACCACAUAGCUCCAUUGAAGGCUGCCCUACGUCAUGCCAACGUUGCACCUGUGACUGUCCAAGGGACCUUGACAGAAUCCAGCUGUGGUUCUAUGGUGGACUCUGAUAUGAAUGCAGUGACCACUGUGCAUUCUUCAUCAGAUCCCUUUGGAAAGACAGAUGAGCGUGAACCACUCACAAAUGCCGUCCGAACUGACUCAGCAGUCAUUGGAGGUGUCAUAGCAGUGGUGACAUUUAUCACCUUUUGUGUCAUCGGCAUCAUGACCCGCUUUCUAUAUCAGCAUAAGCAGUCACACCGUACCAAUCAGAUGAAGGAGAAGGAAUACCCAGAGACCUUGGACAAUUCCUUUAGAAAUGACAUUGACUUGCAAAACACAGCCAGCGAGUGCAAACGGGAAUACUUCAUAUGAGAUGACACAGGGUCACCUACUCCUCUUUUUUUCCAUAGGGUUUUCCCUCUCCUUUUCUCUUCUCUUUCCAAUUUUUUAAUUUAAGUAUUUUCUUUCUCUCUUUCAACAUUAAUAUUCUGGAACACACCUGCAUCCACCAAAAGCAUUGAUCUCCUUCCUCCAGUUCAGGAGGUCAGGUAGCUGUGGCUACUGUAGCUCACUGACAUGUGCAUCAUCGUGAAAGUGACCACUGGAGACACAGACUUCACUAUUGUAAACAAGAGACACGUAUGCACAUAUGUACAUUUGAUGUUGUAGUUGAGUUUUUAAAUGUCAGUUUCUCGGGCACUUGGUCUUGUUAUCUUCCGUUAGACGAGCUCCGUGGUUUUGGCCUUUCACAAUCAUCCCUGGCACCCUGCCCCAUACCAUACUGUUAGGUAUCAUGGUUUGAAAGAAGAGAAGGGUGUGUGUGUGUGUCUGUGUGUGUGUGUGUCUGUGUACGACAUAGAAAGACAGAAUCCGAUCACCGUUUAAGUAAAAAGUUUAUUAGGGAUGCCGGUAGAGCAGGAGAGUACAAGGAAAGUAAUCAAACCAGAAAAAGCAAUGUUUGUUUUUUCAGGUUCCUUAAGUGUGGUCAGAAGUUUGGGAGAUAUGUAUGCCACACAGAAAUUCCUCUAAAGCAGACAUCAUCUGGCCAGGCUUAAAGACUUUUUAAAAUUCUUUUAUUUCAUUUCCUGUGUUUUGUUUUGUUGAAGCAGGUAAAGUAUCCAGGACAUUCUUUCCCAAGACACUGAUUAAAGAGCAAUGAGCGAAGUGAGUGUGAGAUCCUUGACAAGGCAGCAGUCAUGUGUGCUGCCUGUAACCUUCUCCAGUUUAGACUUACAUAUCUGAAAGAAUCUGAUUCUAUGGGGGCAUGGUUCCCUUGAGAGCUGAGGGGAGAGAGGCUACAGGUCUGCCUGAGGUGGAAGACUUUCACAGCACCCUUGAGAACAGACACUGUACUUGGAGGACCUAGGUUAUGAGAACACCCAUGGGGUGGCCCGGAGCAGAAGGAGACCCUUCUGGACUAUUUGUUUUGAUGACAUUUUACCAGCAAACAGACACAUCUGUGUUAGUUUAGUGUAGGCAUCAUGAGCAUCCCCCAGCACUGUUCAGCUUCCUUCCCAUAGAACCUCAGUUCUUCCCAAUAGAGAAUGGCGGAGUAGUGAGUUAUGUUGGGCCUCCCUUGCUGCUCUGUUUUGAGGCAUGGAUGCAGUAGCCUGAAACCAGGGGGUUUCAUGAAAGUUGUGAGGAAAUAGUUGCUUCUGAAAUGUAACAACUGCCUUCUCCACUUUACCAGAAAUUGUUAGAUAGGUUAUUCCUAAAAUUGUUAUAUUGAAGAAUAAUAAUACGUGUAUAUUGUGGAAGCCUAAACAGAAUUCAACUAAAAAUCAAAAAUGGUUCCAUGAAAAAUGUUUAGGCCCUCUUAACUCAGGUUGGAGGAAAACUUUUUAAAAAAUCCAGAAAAGAAGUGCAGAAAAAUGAGAAAUAUUGAGCAGCCUUCUCCACAUCCACCUACACCCAGAAAGAGCCAGUAAAGGAAGCAGGUGCAGAGAAACAGGGUUCACCAUCUAGAACACAUGUUAUGAUUUCACUGACAUCUGAGUUGGUUCCUAGGAGGCAAGGGUCUGGCUAUCAUGUGAGACAGUGUGGAACCCGCGAGAUGAGGGGUUUGGGGGAAACCCUUCGCCUAUGAAGCAUAUCUCAUUUCCAAAUUGUACCCAUGUACAUAAAAGUGCCCAUGCACUUGCCUUGCUUGCCUAAAUAAGGUAGUAAUGUUCCUUGGGCUUCAGGUUCUUUUGGUAGCAAAACACAUAAUUAAUUCAAAAGUCAUCUUGACUUUGUCCAUGGUGAGUAAUCCUUAUCAUUUUUUAACUCUGCUCUUGUACCACCUUGGAAUAAAAACACGGAAACAACAAUCACCCAAAUACUUUAGGACUUAGGAAAUGCUAGAAGCAAGAUCCUUGAUGCAUAAGGUACUGACCAAUUCUCUUUGAAGGGUAGACCUGAUUUGUAAAGCAGGUGCCUUGAUAGUCAGUAGGUCAUCCAUUUUCUUAGUGAGUGUCCUACCUCUAACUCUUCAGCACUAUCGUGAACUGGAGGUUCGCAGUGAAGCCAUCACUGGCUUCAUGCAGGUUUCUAUCUAUAGCUUUCCUCACUUGCAGAACUACAGACAUAAGGAUUGGGUGUGGCAUCACAGUCCACACCUCUGAGAUAUCGUCCUAAAAACAUGUUCUUUCCUUAAAAUUUUCUAUGAAUUCUUAUACACCCUAUUCCUCUUUUAGAAUAUCGUUAUCAUUUUGCUACUAAAUUUAUUUUAAAGCAAUUUUAACAAAGAUGCCCUUUUUAAUUUUCUAUCUUUACUAUGACAAAUGAUCAUCUAAUAAAAUGAAAGAUAUUGAAAGUCUCUUUCCCUAUGCCCUUCAUUCCCUGUUUUACAAUUUCUACUUUUGAAUUUUCUAUCUCUAUAAAAGGUUGCAUAAGUCACCCUUUUGCUUCGCUGCAUAUUCCUCUGCCACCAGAAAUAACAGUCAUGCUGAAAUUUAUCCCUAAGCACAUUUAGUAGUGAAACAACAGGUAAGGGAGAGUAGUCACACUGGAACACUUUCUUACUGGAGUCCUCAGAACCAAGCACCAUGUUUUACUGGCAUGAUAUGACUGGAUAGAUGUGGAAGUACAAGCCAAAUCAAUUUGUAUGGUUCCCUCACACACAAGUAUGUCUUCAGAGAUAAUCCUGUAGGGAAAUUAUGAAGUCAGUCUCUGCCCCCUGCAUAGCACACUCUUUACUGACUUCACCCCUGUAUGUGCAGGCUGUUCAUACCAGGACCCUGGGCAUGAAGAUCAAAUGGUAGAUGCACACCAAGAUGGUAUACAUAAGUUUCUCAGGGCUAAAGCAGGGUUUAGCCCCACAACACACACCAGGUGAAAAAUCUACCAAUUUGUUUCUCCUAAACUGAAUGCACAUCACAGCCAGAAGCAAGAACAUAAUUCAGGAGUGGGAGUAAGGUCUAUUUGGUUUGUACAAUUAAUCAAUUGUGUUUUCCAUCUUCAAACAAUUACAGCCUAAAACAAGAGUCAGUGUGUUUUAAUCCUCCUUUAGCCACCACUUCUCCCUAUGGUAUAAAGGUUUCAUGAUGUCCCUGUUAUAUAAUGCUCAGUCAUUGAUGCCUGCUAUUUACAAAAGAACUUGUGAAAUAUGGUCCCUUUACAGUAGACCAAAAAUCGAUGUAAUAUUCCAUCCCAAGGGAUAUUACUGAUAUUAUCCCAUGAACUGUAUGUUUAUUUCUCCUAAAGAACUUUUAGCAACAGCUGUGUCAUUCAGUCCAUGCAUAGGGUAGAUUACGUGGUUUUUCAAGAAUUAGGCUAGGAAAAUAGGUAUUUGUCAUUUUCUGUAUUUCUAUUCAUUAUUAGAUCAGCUUGUGUUCAUCUGAAGAACCCUGGAGCUGAUAUUUUACUUUAUUCACUAUAGUAAUAAGACGUGGCAUCAUCUUAAUAUCAACCUUUGACAGAAUCAUGACUACCACAUCAAAGCAGAAGCAAGACUACUACUAAAUGAGUAUGCAGUUGUUUUUCCUGUACUCAGUGAUAAGACAUAUGUGAAAUGUCCAUGACUCCUCAUGUUCUGUUGAAUAUGCAAACAAAGCAGCAGAUCUUACAGCAAUGGAGAUGUGCACACAACACCAGGUAGCAGAGAACAAGUACUUGACACAGUUCACGUGCAAACCAAGUUCUAGAAGGUUCUAAAAGUGAACGUAUUUGUGGAUAAUUCUUUUAAUUUUGUGUCAUAUUUAUUAAUUCUACCAGAAAUGAUUGCUUUGUUUAUCUUCCUUAAGGUAUUGGGUCACAUAGAUAAAUUUCUGUAGAAGUUGGUAAAUGGAAUCUUUGGACAGAGAAAGAAAAAAUGGCCCUUGUAUAUUUUGCUUAAACAGUUUUUAUUACAUAGCCCUGGCAGAUCUAGGACUCUCCAUUGUAAACCAGGCUGUCCUCAAACUCACAGAGAAUCACUUAACUCUGCCAAGGUGUGGACUUCCAUUUCUGACUAUAUCGGAUAUAUUCGAAAGGUGCCAAAUUUUUUAUGUUCUCUUGUUAGUUCCAGUUAAAGCUUUCCAAGUGUGUGCUGUGUGUAUAUGGCAGACCCAUGUAAAGACUGGAGACAUAAAAUAGAAGUCUUUAAUUCCACCCCCUUCUGAUUUCACAUAUUUGGUGGACAUUCAUUGAUGACCAUGGCUCUUCUAGAUCCCCCUUAACUGGUUGGUAUUCUGGCUUUUUUAAUUCUCCCCAUUCUGCCCUAAAGAAUCAUUUGACUAUAUUAAGGUAAACCUCUGAGAACUAGAAGUUACGUACUGAGCGAAUAAUUUAUUGAUGUGUUAUCCACCUAAACAAGGUCAUACUUCUCUAUCUACAUUUUUCCAACCUUGAAGGUCAUGCAUGUAACCUCUUCAUAUAAUGUCACCUCAAUUAGAAGAAACACAUUAGCAAGUUGCAUUCAUAGUAUCCCCAUAGAAUCCAUGGACUGGGGCACCAAGCCUGUGGAAAUCUUGCUUGUUUUGUCUACCAACUGCUUCAGUUCUCUUGAAUUUCCUAGAGCUAUAAUCCAUCAAGUUUUUGGCAACAGCAGUCUGGCAAGAGGCUCUUGAGGAACCUAUACAAUCCUGCCACUCAUUACUUCCUGAAGCCAUUGUUUGGGGUUGCUUUGUCCUCAACUGACCCACAGGUCAAAUUUCAACUAAAUAAAUAAACAAACACUCGCACUGUAUCUGAAACUCUUCUGUACCAGGUUUGGGGACCUUCUUUAGGGUUUGCUCACAGUCAUCCUCAAAGCGUUUGUUCUGAAAAUGUUAGUUGUUCUUUAUUCUCAGCUCUUGCUUACUAAUUCUAAAUAGGCGAUUAACCUAAAAAGGGAGGAAAUGCAACACUGGCGGCACAUGCAGGCACAUGUGUACCCCCCCCACACACAAGUCAUAAGGAAUAGGGCUGUUCCUCAAACGUUAUCCCGGAAAGUAUAUCCAUACCUACUUUGUAACCAGAGAUUUAUCACCAUUUUAUCUUGGAAACUGUUUAAAUGCCUCAUAGAAGGUUCUAGUGAUUGUUUUGUUAUUUUUGAGUGAUUUCCACCAUCUUAUUAUGUAUUAAAGUAUUCUGAGGAAGAAUAAGAAGCACAUGAUGUAGUGAGACAGUGUACUUUGUAAGCUGUGUGUGGUGUGUAAGGUUUAUUGUCCAUAAAGUGGUUAAGGGGACACAAGAGGCUCAAGGAACAGUGGGUUUUUGUGUUAAAGCAGACUUGAUGGGAGCUUGUCAAUGAGGAAAAGGGAAUUCAAGGAGCAAGCAAUGGCUGCUGGUGGUUAAAAGGGUCAAAGCUUCCACCAUGAAGUAAGGGUGACUUCUCUCCGCACUCUCUUGGCUCCUAACUCAGGAGUUUCAUGAAUUUGUCUCAACACUUAGAGAAGAGGCAGUAUGACAUCUGCUGCAUGAGAAAUGGUUUCCUCAUCGUUACAUGGCAUUUUUACCCUAUCCCAGGGAAUUUUAAGUUUUAUGUUUCACAAAUAUAGUCCUGGGAUGCUUUCGAAUUAUCACCACAGUGAUUUCAUCUGGCCAGGGUGAGCACCCAGGUGGCCACUUUAAGUAAAAUAAAGUAUUGUCGAGAUCCUCAGGUCCACUGCCAAUAGUCAGAUACUCCAUGGAUAGAAAUCCUGAAAUAUUGGAGUCAGUGCAGCGAUCUUUCUUUCCCUUUCCUUGGUCAUGCCAUCUAUAGACAUGCCGUAAUGAAGGAAAGGUACAGAGCUCUUCAUCACCUACAGUGUGUACUUCAGAAAGCCACCACCUGACACGUCGUGAACACGUUUCCCUUUCUGCCAUUCAGCACAUAAGUGAAGCUUGCUUCAAGUAGCAGGUUAAAAUUAGAAGGCUAGUCCCAAGUUAUAAAAAAGUUCAUAUGUGCCAGUAAUUAAAGCCUGCUCAUUAGCAUUAUACUACGCCAUGCUUCAGAUCCCAGCAAUAAAUCUCAGAGGAAAUGAGAAAGGCACUGGCUGUGCAGAACAGGCUUUCUGUCACCCUGAAGCCUCCUUGAAUUGCCUCCCCAGGGGGAGCCAUUUUCAUUGUAACCUUACAGGAUAAUAUGACUGGACCUCUGACUAGUUCUACUUUCACAUUAUAGUCAGCCAUACCACAAAGAACAUACAUGAAGUAGGUUAAUCUCUUCUCUUUGAAUGGCAGUAGAAAACAGUGUAGCCUUGUCCUGCCUUAAAUACUCUUGCAAAAAAAAUUAGUAACUAAACCUUGCUUAAAGUAUUGUAUUUAUACCAUGAGAAGAGCUUCAUAUUUGGUGAGGAUCAAUGUCAAAAACGUUCUCUUGAACUUGUCAAUAGACAGGCUUCCCAAUAGCCUAUGUUGUCUUAGACAGACACUUCCCACAGCCCACUAGCCUAUGGCAGAAAGAUAGAACAUAGGGAAAUGAAGACACGUGACACAUUCUAAUUAUAUCUUAUAAAAUAGACAAUGGUUCACAAAAUUCCUAAAUCCCUAAGAAAAUUUCCAUGUUCAUUUCAACCUAGAAAUUAAAGUUUUUUCUGGCACCUUCUUUGAAAAAAUGAGAGGCCAGGGAGAUUGCUUUUAACAAAUAAUGAACAGAGAAUAAAAUGAUCUCUCCCAGUCAUAUAUAUGUGUGUAUAUAUAUAUAUGUAUGUAUGUAUGUAUGUAUAUAUAUACAUAUGUAUGAAUGAUAUAUACAGGCUUUCUUUGACAAAAGCACAACAGAGGCAAAGCAGACCCUAUCCUCGGGGAUUAGCUGGAGACUCCUUGUUUCUGUGGAUGUUAUAGAUUUUAGUCCUGGAGAAGAAUCACCAGUCCCAUGUGAUGUUUCCUCAUCCUACAUCUGUUUUGUAUGCCAUGUAACAUGUCUUAAUACACCAUAUGGAAAAAUUUAAAGUUAGCCUUAGAUGUCUCUGUUUUCUAUGUUUUUUGCUGUACAGAAGACUUACCUGUAAAUAUUGUAUAUUUAAUAAAGAAAGAAUUUUGUAUCAUUUUGUGUGGAACAUAAAUAUGUCUUUCUGUGUUGUUCUUGGGUUAAUGAGGAGUCAAGUAAUUAAUCCCUGAGAGCCCACUCUGAAU